AAAGUUAAAAAAGCAACGAUCAGUGGGGACAUACAUACAGUUCCCACCAACCAAUGGCUAGAGCCACCUUAGGCUCAGCCACCCAUUUCUCCUCCUCCUUCCGCCACCUCAAAUACCUCUCUAAUUCCUCCCCUCCCUGCCACGUCACCACAAUGUCAGCCGCCAGAAUUCCCCAUCCAUCAUUAGAAGUCAUCGGCGGAGCUCGAGAGAAAUUUCUCCCUGCGUUUACAUCACUUGAUAAUCUCUACAAUUCUUAUCCUAUCGUCGCUUCGAAUCGGCAUAUAGAGACUAUUUUUGCAGCUUUUUUUAGGUCCGUUCCUGACGUUCGUCUCCGGCGAGAGUGUCUUCGGACUAAGGAUGAUGGCUCCGUCGCUCUCGAUUGGGUCUCCGGCGACGAUCGCCGUUUACCUGCCGAUUCUCCGCUGCUCAUUUUGCUUCCAGGUCUGACUGGGGGAAGCGAUGACUCAUAUGUGAGGCAUAUGCUGAUGAGAGCUCGAAGUAAAGGUUGGAGAGUUGUGGUGUUCAAUAGCAGAGGCUGUGGAGAUAGUCCUGUCACUACUCCCCAGUUCUAUUCUGCUUCAUUUCUUGGUGAUAUAUAUGAAGUGGUGGCACAUGUCAGCAAUCGCUAUCCAGAGGCAAAUUUAUAUGCAAUAGGCUGGUCUCUUGGAGCAAAUAUUCUAGUUCGCUAUCUGGGACAGGAGUCUCAUUCUUGUCUUCUCUCCGGUGCUGUUUCCUUGUGCAACCCUUUCAAUUUGGUCAUAGCAGACGAAGACUUCCAUAAGGGCUUUAACAAUGUUUAUGACAGAGCUCUAGCGAAUUCUCUCCGCAAAAUUUUUAAAAAGCAUGCUCUACUGUUUGAAGACAUGGAAGGCGAAUUUAAUAUAUCAUUAGCUGCCAAUGCCAAAACUGUCAGAGAAUUUGAUGAUGGACUGACACGAGUUUCAUUUGGAUUCAAGUCUGUGGAUGAUUACUAUUCUAAUUCAAGCAGCUCAAAUUCCAUUAUAAAUGUCCGUACACCUCUACUUUGUAUCCAGGCUGCAAAUGAUCCAAUUGCUCCAUCCAGAGGAAUCCCUCGUAAAGAUAUUGAGGAGAACUCAAACUGUUUGUUGAUUGUAACCCCAAAAGGAGGCCAUCUUGGCUGGGUGGCAGGUUCCGAAGCGCCACGGGGAUGUCCAUGGACCGAUCCACAUGUGAUGGACUUCUUGGAGCAUAUAGAACAUGGUAAAUCUGCUUCUGCUGCAUGUGCUAAUGAUCUGGAGACUAUGAACAGCAGUGUUACAGACAGAUUCCAACACCUUGAAGUAUAAGCAACAAGGUGCGAAAUUCAACUAUUCCGUCAUGUUGAUAUUGUUCACCGACAGUCGGUGUUUGAUGAGACAGUAGCAUAUGCACAUUGAAGGUAGCAAAAAUAAGCUAUAAGGGUGUAUCAUAAGUCAUCAAAUUUUGAUGAGGUCUUGAUAUUCUUGCUAUGCAACAUGUAGCCAAUUCGUUGAUUAUUCUCCACACAUCCAAGAAUUGAUUAAUGGAAAAUAGUGGUGGAUGUAAAUGUCUCUUGUAACUGCAACUCUAUGCUCAUUGAAGAAUGUUGUUGGCUCUGCGACUCUGCAGAAGUUGGAGACUGUAGAAUUUAUGUAAAUACUACACUAUAUUAAGAAGGAUCUACGUUGUGCUCAGUUCUCUGCUUCAAAAUUUAUUGUUAUACAUGCACACACAUACGUGUGUGUAUUUUUCCUUUCA